AUGCCUGAACCAACUCGCAACUCAGAGUCCAGCAGCUCGACAUGUCGACGACAAUCUGGUGCACAACAUAUUGCAACGCCUAAACUGAAAGACUCGUGCACUGCUUGUGCAACAUCAAAAGUCAAAUGUAGCAAAGACAAGCCAACCUGUGCUCGAUGCACCCGACGCGGCCUGACGUGCGACUAUGGUCUGUCGAAGCGUACUGGACGAACCUCUCACGCCACUGCUCAGAAGCAACAGCAACAACGACAGCAACAACAAAAUCAACAAAAUGGAUCCGAUAGGAGAGGCAGUCAGCCUGCAGUUCCCGUGGCCAACAUGCGUUCAGACACAGAUCAAUUCAUCUCGCCGAUAGAUCUUCAAGAGCCUUCGAUGCUUUCACCCUCGCUCAUGCCAGACUUCAGCAGCGAUAGUUCGCAAACUGGCCUCGAUCAAUGGAAUCCAGAUCUGUGGUCGACAAUGUUCUCUCAGAAUGGAACAGGCUCGAACGAUGCACCUUCAUCCACAAUGCAGACACAAUGCGGCACUGGCAACGACAUCGACGAUCUCUUCAACUCCCUCACAUCAUACAGCAUGCUCGGAGAGCCAGCAGAUACCACCAUGUCGAAUCAGCAUCCGCAGGCCUUCUCCGAUACCUCUUCUUCGAUAAGCCCAUUCGAUCAACUGACCUCGGUCUCCGACAUUGGUAGCCAAGACUUUUCGAACGUGGAUCUGUCUAUGGUCAACUGUGUACCUGCUGUUCAGCAGCCCGUUGAGCCGGCCAACUGCUGCUUGAACGUCGCCCUUGGUUUCAUGACACAAUUGUGCGCCACUGCGACGUCGACAUGUACCAUGCCAGGUAGCCACAAUGGCAACAACGCUCUACCAACCAUCGACUCCGUCAUCACGGAGAACAGGCAAAUCGUCGACCAAAUCGUGAAGAUCCUCGAAUGUCCCUGCUCGCAUGACGAGUAUCUACUCACCAUCGUGCACCUAGUUGUCUUCAAGGUUAUGGCUUGGUACGCAGCCGCAGCUCGCGACAAGCCAUCUUUCGAUGAAGACAUGAAUUGGUCCGAUCAACCGUCUGCUCGUCCUUCACGUACCCGCACAUACUCAGAGGAGGUGCUGCAAUUUCCACCGAGUAUCGAUGGUUACAGUUCCGACGGCUCAGAUCAGGGCAGGAUGGCUGCUCAACUUGUUCUGAGCGAGCUGCAUCGUGUCCAAAGACUUAUCAACCUCCUGUCACAGCGCCUCGAAAGCGUCCGUUUGAGGAAUCACGUUGCAAGCUCUGGGAGCAGUGCUAGCUUGGAAAGCAUUGGCGAAGACUCUGUCGUUGGCGGAGUCUCUCUAUCCUCCACAGCUGGAUCGCCGCUGUCAUCACCGACGUUUGAUCAGCUCGAAGCUGAUCUCAGAAAGCGUCUACGAGCAGUUUCAUUCGAAACGAUUGACGUUCUGCGCCGAAAUUAG